UCAGUGUGAGAGAGCACAAGGUCUGGUGAAUGGGAGGCCUGUGGCUCUGAUCAACACUCCAGAUUUACUGGACCCUCAGCUCCCUGUAAGAAAAUUAUUUGAUCAGAUAGAGAGAUGUGUGACCCUGUCUGCCCCAGGUCCUCAUGCACUUCUGCUAGUGCUGCAGAAGGGGGGGUUUAAAGAAAGUGAUAGAAAUAGUCUUGAGAGAGUCCUGGGCUUUUUCAGUGCUGAGGCCUUUAGGUACUCAGUAGUACUGACCACUCAGGGGAGUAAAAGAGCUUUUAUGGAUUCUAUUUAUAAAGUUAUCCAAAUGUGCAGUGGAAGGUGUCUCAAAUUGAACACAGACAGGAUUGACUUCACCCAGGCUGCUGAACUAAUGAAGAAAAUAGAGCAGAUGGUGGAGGAGAAUAGAGGAGGUUUCAUCAGAUGUAAGAUAUUCCAGGAGCCAAAAUCUGCACUUGGAGGGAUGGAGGGCUCACUGAUGAGGACUCAACAGAAGAUGGAGAAGAAGCAGAAGCCACAGCUGACAAGAAAACCACAGAAAAUGGAAGAUCAGAGCUCUGACUGUGUGAGGAUUGUGCUCGUGGGGAAGACAGGAAGUGGGAAAAGUGCCACAGGAAACACCAUACUGCAGAAGGAGGAGUUCCUGUCUCGGUCCAGUAUGACAUCAGUGACUGCCUGCUGUGAGAAAAGAGUAGGGAAAGUUGCUGGCAGGCGUGUUGCUGUAGUUGACACACCGGGUCUCUUUGACACAGAAGUAUCUAAUGAGGUGGUCCAGCAGGAAAUAGCCAAAUGCAUCUCCUAUUCGGCCCCAGGACCUCAUGUGUUUCUCAUAGUGCUAGCAAUUGGGAGAAUCACACAGGAAGAGAAGGAGACAGUGCAGAUCAUUAAGAAUACCUUUGGUAAUGCGGUUGAAAGGUUUACCAUAGUUGUGUUCACAAGAGGGGAUGAUCUUAAAGAUGAAUCCAUUGAAAGUUACAUUCAAAGAGGUGACGCUACAAUCCAAAAUCUGAUUCAAGACUGUGGAAAUAGGUUUCAUGUCUUCAAUAAUAAUGCCGUGACCAACAUCACCCAAGUCUCUGAGCUGCUGGAUAAGAUAGACAUGAUGGUGCAGAAGAACGGAGGAGGCUGCUACACCAAUGAGAUGUUCCAGGAGGCAGAAUUUGCCAUAAAGAAACAAUGUGAGAGAAUACUGAGAGAGAAAGAGCAGCUGCAGGAAAAACAUGAAGAGGAGAUGAAAGAGAUGACAAGAAAGAUGCAAGAGCAGCAACAAAAAGUAGAGAAACAUGAAACAUGCGAGAGAAAAAUGCUGGCCAGGCUGCAGGAGGAAUUGAAGAGGGAGCAAGAAGAAGAGAUCCAGAAGAGAAAGAAGGAAGAUCAGGCCAGGAGGGAAAGAGCAGAAAAAGAAAAACAAGAAAUGACAGAAAACUAUGAAAGACGAAUGAAUGAAUUGACCAUGAAAUAUGAUGAUGCUCGAAAAAAAGCAGAGGAAUUUAAUGAGUUUAAAAAGAAAUAUGUGGAAGAGUGUAAACUGAAACCUGAGAAACACUGUGCUCUCUUGUGAUAGAUGCUGGAACAUACCAUUACUCAAGUGUAGAUAAAGUUAUUGAGCCUUUUAAACAAAUGAUCUUUCCCCCCGUUUCUGCCCAAUUUGGAUCUCUUGGAGAAAACUGCUGAUCAUAGUGGUUAAGUGGUUAAGGUGCUUGACUGGGACCUGAGAGGUUGGUGGUUCAAGCCCCAGCGUAGCCAUUCAAUCAGGGUAGCUGUUGGGAUCUUGCGGCCCUUAACCCCACAUUGCUCCAGGGGGGUUGGCCCCUGCUUAGUCUCAUCAAUUGUAAGCUGUUUUGGAUAAAAUAAUAAUAAUUUAAAAAUCAUAUUAGCCCUGAGCCCCCAAAUAGAAUAUGAGGUAAACGACUCUCUUAUGGGGCGAAAAACCCUUUGACCCUGGCAAGAAAAAACUUGCCGAUAGGAAGAAAUCUUGGGAGGAACCUGACUAUAGGGGUAUGCCCAUUCUCCGCUGGCUGUUUGGAACUUCAUUAAAGGAGCGAUGUCAUGUUUUUUUCAGUUGAGCUUAUUUGGGUUAAAUGCUUAAAUUUUGUGUCGGCAUUUUUAAAAUCAUUACAUUACAUUAUUGGCAUUUGGCAGACGCUCUUAUCCAGAGCGACGUACAGUUGAUUAGACUAAGCAGGAGACAAUCCUCCCCUGGAGCAAUACAGGGUUAAGGGCCUUGCUCAAGGGUCCGACGGCUGUGCAGAUCUUAUUGUGGCUAAACCGGGAUUAGAACCAUCAACCUUGCGUGUCCCAGUCAUUUACCUUCACCACUACGCUACAGGCCGCCCCUAAUCACUGUCAGCAGUUUCCUAAAUAUGGGGCAAAACUUCUGAAAACAAACAUGUCCAGUUUGGCUUGAAUCUCCAGCCUGUGUUUCCCAGAAGGUAACGGGCACUCAAACUCCACCCUUGAAUGCAGAGACUGGUUUAUGGACAGCCACCCAUCCAGGCGAUCACAUUAUUCUCCAGCGAAAAUACCGUAAUGUUAGUUACGGCACGGCUCCACUGCAGCCAUCAACGUCAGCAAUCGCCAUCAGCCAUCAUGUUGACAUUCUACUAGCUCCAUUGUAGCCAUCACCAUCAUCAAUAAAUCUGACAGCAUAGCUUCCUGUUGUGUUUUGCAAGCUCACUUUUCAUUGGAUGUCGACAGCUAUGCUGUUUUCACUCAUUAGAUAAAGCAACGAUGCUCUGGUUCAGUUGUAGCCAGCUAAUUUAGCUAGCUAACUAGAUUGCUCCAAUCGCUCAUAAUUCUUUUGAAAGACUGGGGCUAGCUUGCUAGCUAGCUAAAUUACAGACUGUGAUGACGUAGGCCAGGGGUUUCAAACUGAAUUCUCAGGGGGCCGCAGUGUCUGCAGGUUUUUGGGGUUUCCGUCCAAUCAGCUGUCAAUGAAGGCCUUGAGAACAAGGUGUGUCUUUAGCCAAUCAAUGACUUGAAUGAACCUCAGGUGCCGAGAACAUCCCAAAAACCAGCAGACACUGUGGCCCUCCAGGACUGGAGUUUGACACCUGUGACGUAGGCGAUGUGAAUAGCAACCCUCUUUAUAAUUUGUAUGGAAUUAAAUAAGAAGACACAAUUACAUUUCUCAUUAAAUUAAAUUCAUUAUAUGGGAAUGAACUUCAGCGAUUCUCAAACCUUGACACUGCCAUCGAACAUGACGUGAUGGCGAUAGUGGAGCCCCUGUCAUUAAUUACAAUAUAGAUUUGUUCCCUGAGCAUCUGAUGGCGAUGGCUGCAGUGGAGCAAGCGUUUUGAGAUCGUCCUCUGCUGUCUGUCUCUCUCACUCACAAAAUUCUUCCUCUGUAAAUUCAGGUUCAAAACUGUAAGGUUGUAUUUCUUCGUCAUAAUCGGAAAGCUUGUCCUCUAACGGGGUGUACUUUGCUGUGUGCAACAAUGUUUAGGUAGGUGGUACAUGUCAAAGGAAGAUCCACAUGAAUGCCAGAACCAAAGGUUGGCCAGCAGAACAUUGCCCAGAGCAUCUCAUUGCCUCUGCGGGCUUGCCUUCUUCUCAUAGUGCAUCCUGGUGCCAUCCCUUCCCCAGGUGAACAACGCACACACACCCGGCCAUCCACAUGAUGCAAAAGAAAAUGUGAUUCAUCAGGCCACCUUCUUCCAUUGUUCCAUGGUCCAGUUCUGACGCUCACGUACACCCAUUGUAGGCGCUUUCAGCGGUGGACAAGGGUCAGCAUGGGCACUCUGACCCGAUCUCUGAUCUGCAGCUAUGCAGCCCCAUACGCAGACUGUGUUCUGACACCUUUCUAUCAUAGCCAGCAUUAGGUUUUUCAUCAAUUUGUUCUACAGUAGGAAUCUGUGGGAUGGGACCAGACGGGCUAGCCUUCGCUCCCCACGUACAUCAAUGAGCCUUGGGUGCCCAUGACCCUGGUGCCUGGUGUCCUUCCUUGGACCACUUUUGGUAGGUACUAACGACUGCAUACCGGGAACACCCCACAAGACCUGUCGUUUUGGAGAUGUUCUGACCCAGUUAUCUAGCCAUCACAAUUUGGCUGUUGUGAAAGUCACUCAGAUCCUUACACUUGCCAAUUUUUCCUGCUUCCAGCUUCAAGAACUGACUGUUCACUUGCUGCCUAAUAUAUCCUACCCUUUGACAGGUGCCAUUGUAACAGCUGAUCAAUGUUAUUCACUUCACCUGUCAGUGAUUUUAACGUUGUGGCUGAUCGGUGUAUAUUCAUAUGUAAAUUGUUUUUUAUAUUUGUGUACAUGUACUUCUGUUGUAACUUGGAACUCACUUAUUUUGGAAUCAUGUUUUGUAGUCUGGGCUCCUUUGAAAGAGUCUCAUUAAUACCU